AUGAAGUUCUUGGUCGUAGCCGCCCUUGCCAUUGCCGCAGUAUGUGCCGAGGAAGCUAAGAAGACGGAAAAACGUGGCCUGGCCGGUCUUGGCUACGGCGGCCUGGGCUACGGCGGACAAGGCCUGGGCUAUGGAGGCUUAGGAUACGGAGGUGGACUGGGCUACGGUGGAUAUGGCGGAUAUGGUGGUUAUGCUGGCUAUCCUGGUGCCGUAAGCAAAGUAGCGUACACCACACACCACGGUCUCGGCGGAUACGGCGGAUAUGGUGGAUAUGGUGGUUACGGAUACAGCGGCCUGGGUGGUUACGGCGGUCACGGUGGUUAUGGCGGACACGGAUACUAUGCCGCUCCCGCUGUGAGCUACGCUAGCAACAUCGGAUACAGCGGUUACGGUGGCUACGGCGGUGGUUAUGGCGGAUACGGUGGAUAUGGCGGAUACGGCGGACAUGGCUUGGGCUAUGGCGGUUACGGACACGGUCUCGGAUACGGCCUUCACUAAUUUUAAAAUACGUUAUCAAAUCCCUAAUAUAUUCUUUAAUGAUAUACUCGAAUAUGGAAUUGUGAUAAUAAUUAACUGCCAAUGUUUAUUAAGUUACCCAAAUCCUUAUAAAAAAAACUGAGUUACACAUUUUUUUUUCAUAUUAUUUUGAAUGCGACAUAAAUAUUGCCGAAUAUUUUAUAAGCAACGAAUUUUUUGCCGAAGAGUCUUUGU